GCGCCGGUGGCGAGGUGGUAUAAACCAGUCGUAGCAUCUCCCCCGACGAAUGGGUUUGACACUUCCUCUUCCGACUCCUUUGCCUUCGUGACUCGCAGGGACCCUGUGAACCUCGGCUUUCCACUUCCGUCAACCAUCUCCUUCUCCCCCGUCGCCCCUCCCCUUGGCUUCGGCAUCUUCUUCGGGCUCGGGCAAUCCCGCCCAAUGUGGCCCUUCUUGCCACACCUGUAGCAAGUGCGUGACUCCUUGACGUGUCCCCUGCCAGCAUGCUGAUCUCAUUGCACGCUGGCCACCACGACAUCUCGCUCUCUGUCAUGGUCCUCCUCGACGUCUUUCUCGGCGAUCAUCUUGUUGAAGAUCUUCAUACACGCAAGCCAUGAAGGUGGAUUGGGCUUGGAGAGUGACCUUCAAAAGUCCCUAUACUCGGUGGUGAAGGACUGGUCGCGUCGAGGGAGGGAGAGGAUAAACAAGUCACAUCGGUCGAUCUCGGUGAGUCUGGACUCGUACCUCUUGGCAUCGGCCCACGUCUUGUUGUACGUCGUGACAUGGUCGAUCAUCGCCGUUGCUGUCGGGUAGUCGGCGAGCUGCAUGGCCCUCAGGUUUCGUUCGGCCUGCCUCGUGAGCUCGCUGGUCUCGUCGGAGUCCAACGUGAACAAUUUGAUGAGGUUUUCUGCAACCGUCUGCAGAAGCACGCCUUGUGCCGUCUCUUCUCUCUUACGCCACUCUUUCCACUCUGUCUUCGAGGCCUGCUUCGCGGUGGUCGUACCGGUGAACUCUGGCAUGACGGAUCCUGCGCGUAUCGUUCGCGGGGUCUCGUCUUCGUCGUCAGAGGAAGCAAUACCAGGUUCCUUCUCGGUGCCGUCAAUGACAGACGAGAGGCCCUUAGUACGGAAGUAGGCAUUGGUGGCCUCCUUCCAGGCUCGAGCGUCGCGAUAAUUCGUGAGCUUGGGGGAUCUUGCUCAAAUCGGCGGACAUUUUUUCGUCGAGUGAAAAUUUUUGUUGAGUGGUGGACCUUCCAGGGACAGACUGUUGCCUAAAGGUGAGGCGAACUGACUUCUAAUCUGUCGAAUACUGGUAUACAGUCUUUAGCGCUUCACACCUGGUAAGAUGAAGAAGCAGACAUGUACACCAGCUAUGGAAUAUAGUACCGCCAA